AUGGACAAGAAACAAUCUACAUCUACUUCGACCAGCAUCCUCGCUGGUGGUCUAGCAGGAGCAAGUGAGACAGUUGUUACGUACCCAGCCGAGUUCGUCAAGACACGCCGUCAACUCGAAGUCUCCCGCAAAGGAUUCAAACCUUCCUCCUCCCUCACCAUCCUCCGCUCCACAAUCGCAAACCACGGUCUCAGUAAUGUAUACUCAGGCUGCCAGACCCUAGCGACUUCAAACGCGAUUAAAUCAGGUGUCCGCUUCUUCUCCUUCGAAACAUCGAAACGGUGUCUCACGCGAGUGUCAGGCAAGAACAACACAUCCAUCAAUGUAGCUGCUGGUCUAUGCGCUGGAGUUACAGAAAGUGUUCUAGUGGUCACACCAGGAGAGAGCCUGAAGACAAGAGUCAUCCACGAUGCUUCUUCCGGGGGCAAUUUGGGCAAACAAUCACUUCCGGGAAUCGUCUCAGAGGUGGUGAAGAGAGAAGGCGUAUUGAGCUUGUGGAAAGGAUUAACGCCUGUGUUGUGUAAACAAGGUACUAACUCGGCGGUGAGAUUUGCAACGUUCAAUGAGAUCAGAGAUAGAUUGAAGGUAGCGUGGCCAGAAAAGAUGGGUGGGACAACGGCGACUUUGGUGGCGGGUGCCGGAAGUGGUGUUCUGACUGUAUAUGCGAGUAUGCCUUUCGAAAACAUCAAGACGAAAAUGCAGAGUAUUGGUAACACGCAUACUCGCAUGAUCCGUUGCGCUAUGCACAUGGCGAAGACAGAAGGGGUGAAGGUGUUUUGGAAAGCAACAACUCCCAGGUUGGUCAGACUUACUCUAUCGAGUAGCAUAACCUUCAUGGUAUACGAUCAUGCCGUGAGCAUCAUGAAUAACUUGACAACAGACAAGGCUGAGCUGCGAACGAUGAGGCAGAUGGCGUAG